UUCUAAAGCACCAUGGCACAAAAGUUUCGAGCUCUUUUAGAUCUAUGUAAACGUCGAGGGUUUUUAUAUCAAUCAGCAGAAAUCUACGGUGGUUUACGAGGGGCAUACGAUUAUGGACCUUUGGGUGUGGAGCUAAAAAAGAAUAUUCAACAAUCCUGGUGGCGACAUCACGUUUAUUAUCGGGACGAUGUGGUAGGAUUGGAUACAAGUAUUAUUACCCCUCAUCCUGUACUCAAAGCAUCUGGUCAUGUGGACGAAUUUUCUGAUCUUUUAGUUGAUUGUAUGUUAACCAAGGAACGAUUUAGACCUGAUAAGGCUCCUGAACUUCAUAUUACAGAUAGUAAGGUCUUGGUUCAGGCACCUGAUAAAUCUACAGCUAAAUUAUGGCAACAACAUAUUACCGAACAAUUGGCUCCUGGUAUCAAAACGAUACUUGAUGGCAAGAAGAUUUGGCUUCCUUUGAUAUCUUUUACUUCACCUUCUCAUGGUCAACCUGGCUCUAUUGUAUUCGCCAUGAACAACAAUGAUACCACUUCUCCUUUGUCUCUUCCUUACCAUGGUUAUGUAGAACCUGAUAGUUUAUCACCUUUCCUGACACCUAGUCGACCUUUUAACUUGAUGUUUAAAACAUUUCUUGAUCCUAUUGAUCCUGUUGAACGCAUUAUUCAAACCACACAACAACAUAACAACGACAAUUCACAACAAACAGUACGCGAAGCUGUUGAUCAAGUAUUACGACCUUCUACAGUUUAUUUGCGACCGGAAACAGCACAAGGGGUCUUCAUCAAUUUUGAACAAGUGACACGCACCAUGAAACUGAAACCACCCUUUGGUAUUGCUCAGGUGGGUAAAUCCUUUCGUAAUGAGAUCCGACUAGAACAUGGUAUUUUCCGUACACCUGAAUUCGAACAAAUGGAAUUGGAAUACUUUGUUAGUCCAUGGACAGCUUCACAUUGGUUUAAUUAUUGGCGGAAACUACGCUAUGAUUGGUGGUUGACUCAUGCUUGUCAUCCAGAAGACUUUCGACAACGUGAUCAUGAAAAGGAUGAAAUGGCUCAUUAUGCAACUGGAUGUACUGAUGUGGAAUUUAAAUAUCCUUGGGGUUGGGGUGAAAUCGAAGGUGUAGCUCAUCGUGGUGAUUAUGAUUUGACUCAACAUAUGAAGAAUACAGGUGCUAACUUUGAAGUGACAACCACAGCAGAGGAUUUACCGCAAGAAGAAGAAGAAGAAGCAUUGGACAAGAACAAGAAUAAGAAAUAUGUACCCCAUGUGAUUGAAAGUUCGUGUGGAUUGAAUCGUGCCAUGUUAGCCUAUUUAUGUGAUGCUUUCCAUCAAGUACCUGAUCCUGAUAAUGACAAAUUACCACCAAGAAACAUUAUGAAAUUACAUCCACAAUUAGCACCCAUCAAAUGUGCUGUGAUGCCAUUGACAGGUAAGCCAGAAUUUUUACCUAUUGUACAAAAGGUAGCACAAUCCAUUCGACAACGUGGCUGGAAUACCAUGGUGGAAAGUCAAAAAUUGAAGAUUGGCAAACGAUAUUAUCGACAUGAUGAAAUUGGAACUCCUUGGUGUGUAACAGUGGAUUAUCAAAGUUUAGAAGAUGAUACAGUAACCAUUCGGGAUCGUGAUUCUGGUGAACAACGUCGAUUACCUUGGAAGGAUGUAUCUCGAUAUAUGGAACAACAUCUUUACUGAUAUUGGAUGAUCUUUUUUUUUGUUAUUAUUGUAGUUAGACUUUAUAUAUAGUUUUAUUUCAUCAUAGUACCUAUAGAUCAUAUAGAAAUAAAC